GAGAAACCCGGGGAGAGAAGCAGCUGCCUACGUUUCCUCUAUCAAGCUCGACUACACUACAUCACAAGUACUAAAACGCAACAAGGCUGGAUUAAUUGAGAAAUAUUUAGGAUAUAUGUUCGACUGCUACAUCGACCACAGUGAAUACAAGCUAAGCGGCUAACAGCUCCACUCACACAGAGCUUCGUUCUGCGUCUACAUAAGAAAAUCAGCCCGUCCGUCGGGCUGAAAGUAAAAAGAAGCUCGGAAUAACCAUGAUGAAGAAAAAGAAAUUUAAAUUUAGAGUGGAUUUUGAGCUGGAUGAACUCUCCUCGGUUCCGUUCGUGAACGGAGUAUUGUUCUGUAAAGUGCGCUUGCUUGACGGCGGCUUUUCAGAGGAAUCGUCGCGAGAAACAGUCCAAGCUAACUGUGUACACUGGAGGAAAAGGUUCUCAUUCCCAUGUAAAAUGAGCGCCAGCGCUGGGACAGGAGUUCUUGAUCCUUGUAUAUGCAGAGUCUCUGUUAGAAAGGAACUAAAAGGUGGGAAGACUUAUGCAAAGCUGGGCUUUGCUGAUUUGAACUUGGCUGAGUUUGCAGGAUCAGGGAGCACCACACGUCGGUGUUUACUUGAAGGAUAUGACACCAAGAACACCAGACAGGACAACUCCAUACUUAAGGUGAUCAUCAGUACUCAGCUUAUGUCUGGAGACCCCUGUUUCAAAACGCCACCAUCCACUGCCACAGUGAUCGGGAUUCAGGGGGACGUGGACAGUUUAUUGGAAGAGCGGAGAGGGGGCGACACCCAGAAACCCUUUCUAGGACUCUCAGAAACCACAAGCAAGUGCGGCUCUUUACCGGAGGAGCUGGGGGCGUGUGGUCACUCCCGAACCUCCAGCUAUGCUAGUCAGCAAUCCAAAGUAUCGGGUUACAGCACAAGUCAUUCUCGCUCCUCCAGUCUAUCAGAGUUUACCCACAGGAGGAACACAUCAGUGGGCAGCACCUCCACAGGCAUUGCCAGUAUCCCUGAGCCCAGUGAAGGGAGCCCAAGCUCCACAACGUCCCCUGCUCCUGCCCCUGGAGCCUGUAGCACCCUGCCAGAGCACCCUGCCACACCUGACCGAAAUGCCAGCAGACACCCGAUGAAGCAGGACUCCAUGGAGUCUCAGCUGAAGCGAGUGGAUGCCACGAGGGUGGACGCUGAUGAUGUGGUGGAGAAAAUCCUCCAGAGCCAAGACUUCACCCAUGGCCUGCUAGACUCUAGUGCAGAAGAGGAGGGCCUGCGUUUAUUUGUGGGUCCUGGAGGAAGCACAGCUCUUGGUAGCCAUCACCUACCCGCUAGGGUUGGUGCUGGUGCCUACGAACAGGUGGUGAUUAAGCGCUAAAAGUAGGAGGUGCCAAGCAGAGAGGUGGCACAAACCAAAGUACAGGAGAAGAGAAGGCGUCUCCAACCUGCAUUUCUGGCAGCAUCACAUUACCAAUCCACCCUACCCCAACUGGUGGAGCUAUGGGUUUGUGAUGGAGAGCACCCUCUGUUGGUAUUGUAGAAGCAUUGGCUUUUCUGGAACCUUGGGUUAUUUGAGUGACUGAAAACAUGACUGUGUCUAUCAUUACCCAAGAUUUCAUCUGAGUCAGCUGUAAUAUUUACAACAGGAAGACAGGAAACAGUUUGUGGAACAGGAAACUCUUCUCAGUAUUGUUUUCAGUUUUGUGCUGUGAUCCCGUAUAUUUGCUGUCUAUGCUGUUCAGUGGAGGUUCACACCAUUUCAAAGUUUUAAUGUCGAAGUGUAUUCAGCAGUAUUUAGUCCUGUUCCUGUGUCCAUGUGGGUGUUGCAGAUGCUGUGCCGCAGUAUUCUAGUGAAGGUCACAUCACUAUUAUGUACAGCUUCUUUUGGCUGAUCUCAUUACACUCUGAUAGGAAACUGGACCAACGUGACUGAGAGCUGACAGAGGAGAGUCGCCUUUAGCAAAGAGAAUUAGUGCCACUUACUACAGUGUCACUUUUAUUUUUAAAUAUAUAACAGAUUUAUUAACACAGAUUAAACUUUGGCAGCCUCAAGCACCCCCCUCCCCUUCUUUGUUUUGUUUAUUUACAUUCAUUUCCAAAUACAGUAGGGUCACAGUUAGGGUUGGGCGAUAUUGCCGAUUUUCAUACCGUCAUACCGUCUUCAGGAAAUACCGCGCGGGGGGGGGGGCAUUACACCACUUGAAUGCAGCAUAUAUGAUUAGCGUAAAGACCUGAGUGACUUUGAUAAAGGAAAAUCACCUGGCCAGAUGACUGGGUUGAAGUAUCUUUGAAACAGAAGGGAGUGCUCACAGCCAGCUGUGUUAAGUUCCCACAUACAGUGGUCAGAGGUGGGACAGGUCACAAACUGCCAAUAUUGUUUGGUGUUUGUUAAAGUUUAUGGCGUCUGGUACAAACCAAUAGAAGUGUGUGAAAACACAGUGCAUCAUACCCUUCUGUAUACCCUUCUGUAUGGGGCAACCUGUUGUUGCAGGUUGUUGCAAGUGAAAAGUCUUUUUCUAUGUUUGUGUUUUAAUGUUUAAUUUAUGUGAAAUGCAUUAAAAAGUCAUUUUCUUCUAGCACACCAGAACUGACAUUUCAAACUCGUGAGGAGGCGUGUAUUAGUCACGGCUGUAUCUGGUUAGGAGUGAAAGUAAGCCGCCAGUAACAGAGAGGAAGUGAAAUGCAGUCUGGUAAUUGGAUACGUCUAGAUUGUAAUUAAAAUAGGGGAAAAGGGCAUAAAAAUAAUUUUCUUUUAUAUCACAUCCACAUUUUGUUACAUUCUAUGCUUUGGUCUUGUUUAUUUGCCUUCGUCCCUAUUUAUCUUUGGAAUGUUUUAAACAACUAUCCUGUACACUCAAUUCGAGAGCUUGAUUACAGUUUACAGCAGAGCUCUAACAAUCUACUGCAAAAUAAACAGAAGAGCAUAAUCUUUUUUGGUGUACAAUACAUAUACACCAACAAGCCAGACCAUUCUUGCUGUUUUGGAGAUGCGUCUAUUCAAUCAUGGCUAUAACAAUGUGGGCUUUAUAAAAGUCACUGAGGUUUUUCUGCUGCUCAGAUUGCUGAUUUCCACACUAUAAAUGUAAGUACCAGUACGAGUAACUACCAUCAGCCCAACAUUUCACAUAUCCCUUACUUUUUCACAGUUGAUAAAACUACUCUCAAGGUGAUUUAGGAUUUGUGACAUUCACACUGGAGAAGAAACUAGUCUGCAUUGAGGUAGAGUUAUCAAUUUAUCUGGACAAAUUUAAACACACAUUUUAGCCCAAUACAUUUGAUGCUUCUGGGCAUUUAUAUGCUUAUUACCAUUUAGUAAGCUAAGUUGUUGUGUACAUCUGUUCAAAUCAAUUACUGCAAAUUACAGUGUUACGAUAAAAACACCAUCACUGAUAGUGCACUGUUUUGACAUAUUUGUAGUUUGGGACACAGCCAAAAUAAAGAAUGCUUGAUUUUUCUAGUCUGUCAUUCUGCAUAUGAGUUUAUCC